GAGCGCGAGAGGAGAGAGAGAGAGCGCGGCGCGUGAUCCGCUCGCCUCCUCUUUGCACGGCGAGAGACAGGAGCACGGUCCCACAGGCGGCACCGAUCCGGGCAAGGGCGGCAGUGCUGCUAACGGUACCAACGGGGUAAGAACAAAAACUGCUACCAGAGCUGGGUCCGGCCGCAUCGCCCUCUUUACAGACGGACACUUUGCCGAUGUGCAGUGCUCGAUAUUUUAUAUCGAUCAUUUAUUUAUUAUUUUAAAAUAUAAAUAAUGAUUUAAUAAAUUAGUAUCCCUAUUCGGACUUGUCGUUUAACAUCCUUUUCGGUGUAUUAUUGGAUCCAUUUGGGCUAUCCAGGUGUAAAGUCCACACAUUAGCCACACUCGAGUCCCAGGCUCCUGGGCUAUUAUGGAGAACAAAGCGGCCGCACGGGACAGCAGCGACCGGGACCUGUACCGUCAGUUCCAGGAGUGGUGUCUGAAGACCUAUGGGGACUCCGGCAAAACCAAGACGGUCACCCGUAAGAAAUACGAUCGCAUCGUCCAAUUUCUGAGCGGAGUGGAGCCCAGUUCUGCAGAUAACGCCAAAUUUAAAUUCUGGGUGAAAUCGAAAGGGUUCCAGCUGGGAUCGUCGGAGGAGCUUAAAGCUGGAGGUGGUAAACUGGUCCUUUACGUCCCGGUCAAAACAACGGAUGGAAUCAGUACUACAGAGAAGCAGUCUUUAAAACGAGUUGCAGUAGUUGAGGAUUUUUUUGAUAUUAUUUACUCCAUGCACGUUGAAAUAGGAAUAAAUGGAGAAAAAUCCCGGAAACACGCUGGCCAGAAAAGAACCUACAAGGCAAUAUCAGAGACCUAUGCCUUUCUACCACGCGAGGCAGUGACCAGAUUUCUAAUGAGCUGCUCAGAAUGCCAGAAGAGAAUGCAUUUGAAUCUAGAUGAUGCAGAUCAUAAAGAAAAUGAAAAACCAGCAUCUUUGGUGACCAGCAUGAUAGAUUAUAAUAUGCCUAUUACAAUGGCCUACAUGAAGCACAUGAAACUACAGUUACUAAAUUCUCACCAAGAUGAGGAUGAACAAUCGUUGAGCAGUGAAGAAUUUGAACUCAGUGACUCCACAUGGAUGUCAGUCGAUCGCAUAAACUCUGACCAAAGCUCUACCCUGGAAGAAAGAAUGCAUAGUCCACAGAACCUAGACAGUCAUCAGGAUGAAGAUUCAUCUGUGGAAUGUUUCAAUGGCAAUGAGCCCUUAGUGCUUAAUUCUAAUGCUGCGGAGGGAGGUCUCUGUGGGGCAGUGUAUACAAGCAUGGGAGAUAUUAAUGGCAAUGGCUCAACCCAUCCAGACCACCCUGCUGCCCAUGAUGAGCAACCAAUAAACCUGAGUGACAGUCCUCUAUCAGUUCAGGUAACACCAGAAUAUGGCACAGAUAACAGCAGUAAUGGAAGAAGAAGCCGCAUCAAAUAUACAGUUACUGAAAUUAAAAUGGAACGAGAUUCAAAAGAUUUGGGAAAUAAGUCACCUGCACACAGCUACUCCAGUUAUGAUUCACUUAGAAAUGAAAGUGUAGGAGGUGGCCCUGAAGAUCUGACUGUGAGUAGAAUUAUUGAAGAUGAUGAUGACCAAGAUGACCAUGAUGAUGUUGAGAAGAUUAUUGAAUCAGAUGGAGCAGAAUCUGAACGCCUAAAAGCUUUUAAUAUGUUUGUGAGGCUGUUUGUAGAUGAAAACUUGGACCGAAUGGUCCCCAUUUCUAAGCAGCCUAAAGAAAAGAUCCAGGCAAUAAUUGAAUCAUGCAGCCGGCAAUUCCCUGAAUAUCAGGAGCGUGCCCGGAAGCGUAUACGUACUUACCUCAAGUCCUGCAGGCGGAUGAAAAAGAAUGGUUUUGAGACGUCUCGUCCCAUCCCUUCACACCUCACUUCUGCAGUAGCAGAGAAUAUAUUGGCCACAGCAUGUGAGAGUGAGAGCAGAAAUGCAGCCAAGAGAAUGCGUCUGGAUGUGAGUCAACAGCAACAGGAUGAACCUGUUGCAGUUGGGAAGCAGUGGACAAGAGAAUCUUCCCAGGUUAAUUACACGGCUCCAACAGUUUCUUAUUCUCAAGAACUGAUGUACAUCAAUGGAAAUACAGGCUAUUAUCAUGGUUACACGGGGCUGGGCAGUGGGAAGCAAAAUCCACCUUCCUUGUCAAGUGAUGGUACUAACACUGGGCCAGCGGAUCUCAGUGUGAAGAAGUCACUUGCAUCACACUCUGGAUCCUCCAACAUUAACAAUUCCAAAACUCCACCGGCUCAGCUAAGUCCAACUGAAAUAACUGCAGUACGACAACUUGUAGCAGGAUAUAGAGAGUCAGCAGCUUUUUUACUCCGCUCUGCAGAUGAACUGGAAAACCUGAUUUUGCAACAGAAUUAACAUAAGUUGUUCUCUCUCCUAUUGGUGUUAUAUUUCUGGGGAAAGACAUUUCUCCACUUCUAAACAGGGCCGGAGAUAUAGGCCAUCUACCGUCGUGCCCCUGAAUGUGAAACGGCAUAUUGGAUCACCUGUGGUCCAUCAUGAGGAACCACUAUAUUUGCAGAGUUAAAUUUCGGUCUGCUCCACUUCACGUUUUCUAAUUGAAGGAGCAAACAGAACAUGACCACAUAUGUUUAAUCAUAUUCAGUGACUGACCACUAAGUAAAAAUGGCAACAUCGAUAUCGUCUUACUUUCCAAGUGCAAUAUGAGUUUAAGGUGCUACUAAAUGUUUACUUUGGAGAACUGCAGAGAUGGAUUUAAGGAGGCUUUUUACCUGUGGAUAAGAAACGGGUUACAGAAGGUGCUGAGCAGCAUAUGGGAAUUUGAUUCAGGAUUGGCGUGGUGGCAGCAGGUCUAAUGGUGAUAAGAGUAUGGGAGAGGUGUUUGCAAAACCCAUAUUAUAUAUCAGCUUGGGUUUAUGCCUCUAUUGCAGUCAAACACCAUCUUUUGUCUCCCCAAUGUUCAGGUAAAAUUGAAUCCUGAUGGCUAGUAUGGUGCCUGUGUAAAUGCAUUGAAAGCAAAAUUGACAUGUUUUUUUUUUAAGUUUGAUUUAAAUCUAAAGUUCAUUUGAAAAAUAAAACAAAAACCUUGUGGGAUGUAUUUCACUGUAGGUUGUAUAUUUUGCAAGUUACAAUCUGAAAACUUUGUAUAGUUUCAUUUUAGAGAAUCUAUUGCAAGGAUGUCUUGGGACGCCUUUUACUGUGGGAUGUAUUUUGCUGUAGGUUGUAUAUUUUGCGAGUAACAAUGUGAAAACUUUGUACAGUUCCAUUUUACAGAAUUCUAUGAAAGGAAGCCAGGAGACAUUAUUUUGAUGUGAUGCAGUUCUCUGCAGUUCUGUGUUGUUCCUUAAAGCCUGUAAUGACUGGAUGCAGUUCUCUCACAAUUACUGUGGGUGUACUUAUAUUCUGUCAAUUAUUUUGUAAUUUAUUAAUUAUACUUAAAUUGAUGUUAAUUUCAUUUGUUUAAUACUAUUUUGUCUGUACCUCUUGGGGAAAUUGUUUUUUUUUCCCUUUCAUGUUAGAAUAUAAUUUAAAUUUUGUACUUCUGCUGUGCACUUAGUGAAGAGGUAUAGUGGGUUUCCCUGUAUAGUGGGUUUCCCUGUAUAGUUUCUACACUUGUGAAUUCCUUACAAACUGUUACAGUACAUUCAUGCUGAUUCCCAUUUAUCUUUUGAUAAUUGUAUUUAAUGAAUUGGUAACAUUUUGAGUAUAUGUGAAUUAAUGUUUUUCAAUUUAUUAACAACUCCUGACUGUGAUUGUGAACUACGUUAUGUGCACUUCGUUCUAUAGUAAUUGGACAGCACUGACAUCUAAGCUUUUUGUAAUGUUAAUUUGAGUGAUUGAUUGGUUGAUAUAUUGUUUAACAAGGUCAAAAUGGUUGGUAUUGUAGGUGAAUAUAAAUGUGAGAAAACAGUCACUGCUAUUAUCCAAAUAUUUGUGGAUUUUUCCUUCUAUUGCAGCAUAUACCUCAAUAGAAAGCUGGAACCAAUAAAUAUUGAACAAAAUUGGUUUUGAAACAUCUUGACAGAUAAUGCCAAAAUAUAUUUGUAGUGCAAUGAAAGUGCCUUUCUUACUGGCUGGACAACUGAUUCCAAUAGAUUAAUUAUGCAGGGGGAGAAAAACGGAUAUCUUUAAUUAUAUCAGUUGCUCACUUUUUGUUUAAAAAAGGUCUUGCUGUUGCACUGCAAACUUGUGGUUAAAAAUGUUAUAAAUUUUCAUCAAAAUUUGUUAUAGCACUAGAAGUUAAUCGAAUUUUUUCAACAUUUUACUUGCGAACCAUUUCUAAAAAUUUUGUUCUAAUUAUUGUACAUCAAUUAAGUACCAUGUUCAGGAGUAUGAAGGUGUUCUUGUUCCAUUCAAAAUAGAAGUUUAUAUAGGGUUUAAUAAUCAGCCAACAGCAAUAUUCAUUUUGACCAUGUGUAGGAAUUUUAUAAUAUGCAAGGGACAGCUACACUGAAUAAAUUUACCAAGACAUCAGGGGAGUUAGGGAACUUUUUCAUGAGUUCAUUUUCCUUAUAAAGUCUUAACAAAUUUUACUGUAUGUAGCCUUAAAGUAUAAAUGUCUAGCACUAUUUAUUUAGGUGUUAUGCCAGUGAAAAUUACCAUUUCUGGGUGAGAUGCAACAUUUCCAGACCAUUCCUUGCCACUAGAAAUACAACUUGGAAUUUCACAGUCUGAUUCAUAUGAUUAAAAUGUUUAAGGCACCAGCUGUGCAUCCCAAAAGGUACUAUUUGACACCAUUUUUCUUCGUGUUGAUGACUGAGGUUUCAACGCCAUUUCUCAAAGCUUGCCAGUCAGUAUCAAUUAGGCUUUUUCUACAGCUGCGCAAAUGCAAGGAACAUUUAACUCCACUUGCAACUUCAGCAGACAACUACAAUACAGGCACCUUUACCUACCCAAAAUGAAAUUUUGCUGUCUGCAUGACAACAGGAAUAUCAUCCAAUGGCCCUGCUGAGCUGGAGUGAGCUGAACCUUUGCUCCAGUGAAAAGAGAAAUAGCAGAAACCAAAGGAGGAAGGCGAGCAGGACAAAAAAAACAGUUGCUCUCAUACCAGGUGUUAGCGUAAAAUGUAAAUGGCUGCUACGUUCGGACAUGCUAUCAGAAUCUAUUGAAUAGAAUAAUGAUUUCUGUGCCAUAGACAGUACAAACUCCAGUACAUCCAUAGUCAUUCACCAGUGUUUGACCAGUUUCCUGCAAAAAUUAAUAUUUUUGACCUGAUCAAAGAACCCUUCCUGCUCUAGUAGACAACACAAUCAUCUGAAAGUUGUAACUAAGCGUACAGAAGUGUUUGUUAACUGAAAACACAAUCUUGCCUAGUACAUAGCCUUUGUCCAUUGAAGUGAAAGCAUAUUGCUAAGUAUGUAAUGAUAGAGCCAGAAAGAUGGUAAGAUUUCCUGCCACAUAAAUAUUUCAGGCCACUAUUGGCUCUUCUCUGUUGAUGUUCAAAUAUUGUAAGUUGAUCCAGAAUUAUAUCAACUGUGUCCCAUCAGUCAUUAAAAUAAUAUUUUAUAUUAAUUUAUAAUAAUCUUAUAUUAAAAUACAUUUUUUGGUGGGGUCAAUCUUCUCAUGACAAACAGAUUUUUCCACAGGGCACUAUAACAGUUUUAAAUUGAGUGUCAUACUUUAAGAGCUCUGGUGUCUGACUAAAGUUCCUUAACUGAAACAUUUAUUCAUGUUGAGCUGAGGUUUCCCUGAAUGCCACUGUGAAGGGAUUUGACCUUGUAAAUAUCUUGUCCUAUUGGGGUAAAGGGCUCCA